ACAGUGCUACCCUAAUAUUCGGCAAGAGCCACCGGAUUUCCUGUGACACGUGCCCGAGUUUCCUUUUCGAAGCUUUUCGUGUUUCGAAGCUCUACGGAGGCGCAAGCGCUAUUCGGCUCUUAUCUGGCGAAAGAGAGGCGCGGCUAUAACCAUGGAUCCCAGUGUGCUCGCCAACAUGGACAAGGACGCGUUGAAGAAGCAGAUCGAGAACAUGAAGUACCAAGUGAGCAUGGAACGAUGGCCCCUGUCGAGAAGUAUCGCCGCGAUGAGGGAGUACGUCGAGGAGAACGAGAAGACUGACCCGCUGAUACACGCGCCCGACAAGAAGAACAAUCCCUGGGCCGAGAAAGGCAAAUGUAUAAUCAUGUAAUCAGGACGUGGAAGCAACGGAGCAGGCGAAGGGAAGAGGAAGAAAGGGACUAACAUCUGAACGAGGGAGGCGGAUCGUUUAACCGUGCUCGGAACGAAACGGGGCGAACAGAGCGAAAAAACAGGGAAACCGUGUAACAAGAGAGAAAUGACGAAAUGGAAGUGGAGAGAGAUCGCGAAACCAGGGGACAAAUUAUCGAGAAGCCACGUGACGAUGGAGUUCGAUUGCAAAUUCUUAGGUCGACCAAGAAGAGGGGUUCCGUUUUUCUGUGUAUCGGAAAUGGCUAAACAGGAGGAACCGACGACCAGCGGGACGCGAAGUCUGAACGUAACUGGAGCAAAUUAUUCUAACAAUCGAAUCGAUCACCUGUUCCGUCGUUAGUCACUUUCCCGUUCGGCAUGCAAACAGAAAUGAACGUGUUUGCGCGCGCCAUUUGAACUUGGCAUGCUUCGUGCUGUAACCGUCGGAAGCUGGAUCUCGAGAUCGAAGCCACGCCUCUGUGGGCCAACGGCGCGAGGACAA